AUAUGACAUUCAGGAAAGAGCAUGAAGGAUUUCCUCAUCUGAGAUAAGCUAGGAUGGAGGCUGAUCAGCAUUAUACAUGGACGGCUGUUUUAUUACCGAACCCCAACCAGCCCACAAGCCCAAGGCUGGUGCUUAGGAGGAUACCAGUAUCAGACCACAGCAGAGGCUCCCCUCCCAAGUGCUACCCGGGCAUCCUUUCUAGCUCAACAAAAAGUUCUCCUGCAAAUCCUUCCCCUAUCCCCAAUACUACUUCCCCCUCCUCCUCUUCCUCCUCCUUAUCCUUCUCCUGUUGUCCCUCCCUAAGCUCCUCUACUUCGUCCUCCUCCUCAUCUCACUGCUCUCCAGGGUCCUCCAAAUGUUCCUCUCAUAGCCAGUGCCAUUCAGAACAAGAGGAUGAGUGCUGGACUUGUGAGGUGGUUGAAGGUCAGCCAAAGAUUGUCCUGAGAAGGUAGCUGAGGCUCUCCACUGAAAGCUAGUUUUGCGCGGCAUGUUCCCUUUAUUUUCCACAUUCUAGCACAAUGAGCCCUGAUCCAAAACAAGAAAAGAACACACAUGGCCUUUUAUAGAUGAGCAAAGCAUAGUAGCAAGGGAUGCUGGAAACCUGGA